UAUGCUCUCAGUUGCCAAACAAAACUAACACCAAUUAAUUACUCCCAUUCCUCCCUCACAUUCACCCAUUUCCCAAACCUCCCAAUUCCCAAACAUCUCAACUUUUAAUCCAAAAUUCACAGAAACUUCUCACAAUUUCAUGGAUUUCUUCAAAUUGAUCACUUUGAUUUCCACCCUCUACAUCAUUCUCUCAUCAACAACACCCACUUCAUCAAAUUCUUCUUUAACCCCAAAAGAGUUAGCAUAUGUCCCAGUGAAUUUUCUCAGUCUGGCCAAAAGUCCAAAGCUUGUUGAUUGGAUGGUGGGAAUUAGGAGGAAAAUACAUGAGAACCCAGAACUUGGUUUUGAGGAAUUUAAGACGAGUGAGCUUAUCAGAGCCGAGCUUGACAAAAUGGGCAUCCCAUAUAAGCACCCGGUGGCUAUCACCGGUGUUGUGGGCUUCGUCGGAACCGGAAAACCGCCAUUUGUUGCCUUAAGAGCAGACAUGGAUGCUCUGGCCAUGCAGGAGAGUGUAGAAUGGGAGCACAAGAGUAAAAUUCCAGGAAAGAUGCAUGGCUGUGGCCAUGAUGCCCACGCCGCGAUGCUUCUUGGUGCAGCAAAAUUGCUUCAAGAGCAUCGUCAUGAUUUACAGGGAACGGUGAUUCUGGUUUUCCAACCGGCAGAGGAAGGAGGCGGAGGAGCAAAGAUGAUGUUAGAAGUCGGGAUAUUAGAGAAUGUUGACGCCAUUUUCGGGCUGCAUGUCUCAUCUAGAUUUCCUAUUGGUACAGUUGCUGGCAGGAGUGGCCCUGUCUUGGCUGGGAGUGGUUUCUUUGAGGCCGUGAUAAGUGGGAAAGGGGGACAUGCUGCCAUUCCCCAACAUAUAAUCGACCCAAUCUUAGCAGCUUCCAAUGUAAUUGUUAGUUUGCAACAUCUCGUUUCACGUGAAGCCGAUCCCUUGGAUUCACAGGUAGUGACAGUGGCAAAAUUCCAAGGAGGUGGUGCAUUCAAUGUAAUUCCCGAUUCAGUUACAAUUGGUGGAACAUUUAGGGCAUUUUCGAAAGAAAGUUUGAUUAAACUUAAACAACGAAUUCAGGAGGUCAUCACGACACAAGCGGCUGUGCAUAGGUGCAAUGCAACUGUCAACUUCGAUGACAAGCCCCUUUACCCCUCAACCGUAAACAACAAAGAGUUGCAUCAGUACUUUGGAAAUGUUGCAAGGGAUAUGCUGGGCGAGAAAAACGUUUUAGAGAUGCAACCAUUGAUGGGGGCAGAAGACUUCUCGUUUUUUGCAGAGGCGGUUCCAGGAUACUUCUACAGGGUUGGAAUGCAAAAUAAGACUCAGGGCCAGCUUGGACUGGCGCACUCUCCGUACUUCACUGUAAAUGAAGAUGUACUUCCAUAUGGUGCUGCAUUACAUACAUCAUUGGCUAUAAGAUACCUCCUUGAAUAUCAACAACCCAGGUCUGCUUCAUCUAAGGGAAGUUCUCGUGAUGAAUUGUGAGGUUAUUUGAUUCUCGAAUUGUACAUAUACAUAGAUUUGAGACCAGAAAUCGCCCCGGCAGGGGGUUAGAUUUUUAUUAUCCAUUUUGGCAACGUAUAUCUGUUUUGUAUUGUUAUAUAUAUUCAGAUUCCAAAGUUUUUA